CAUGCAGCAUGUUUACACUCACAGUUUUCUCUCUCCAGGGAAACCAGAUCCUCAGUGGUCUCUCUUUGGCAGAGUACAAGACCACUCUGAAGAUGAUUGAGCAGGCAAUACUGGCUACGGACCUCGCCCUGUAUAUGAAAAGACGAGAAGAGUUCUUUGAACUGACCAAGAACAACCAGUUUGUUUGGGAGGAUGACCAUCACAGGGACCUCCUCAGGUCAAUGCUGAUGACUGCAUGUGACAUCUCUGCCAUCACUAAACCCUGGCCGGUUCAAAAAAGGGUAAAAAACAACAAUCAUCUACUCAGAUUUACCUUU